AUGUUGCAGUUAACUUAUUUGUUGUUGUUAUUUACUACGGUUAGAGCUGUACGGUCGUCACAUAAUCGUAGGGUUUCAAAUUUUAAAGUUGUUUUAAUUUUUUGUUAUUUAAAUAUUAUAGUAUGCACAGAAGGUUACUUUAUGGUAUUUUUGUCGAAUUUUUUAAAUCUUAAACUUUUUUUUGCAAAUUUAACAAGUAUAGAUUUAAAUAAAAUAAGAAUUUCAGAAAUCAGACGUUUUAUAUGUGAAUUCCCAUCGGAAAAUGGUCAAAGACAAUGUUCAGUCGAUUUGGAAAAGAUUGGCAUUGAGUUAAGCGAUGAGAAAGCUGCUGUACCACCAGGCUUUGGAUGCUUUGAGGUAUGAUUUUACAAAUUACAAUUUAAAGUUUUCUUUUAUAACGUUUUAUUUUGAUACCAAAUUUAAACGUUUUUUUGUUUACAAAAAUGAUUAUUUUACUUUUUAGAGGUUAGUGAAUGGUCAGAACCGAGUGUAUUGUCCAUUAUUCUGUGAGUCAGCAUCUUCCGCUUAUGUCAUCGCGAAACGACCGAGCAACAAUAACAAAUGCUUGAAGUUCUUCAAUUACAAUGUAAGUUUUGACAAGUAUUGCAUGUUUAAACAUCUGAAACUUAAAAUUUAUUUUUAAAGUUGUUUUAUAUGCAUCACACUUCUUAGUAUUAUAUAUUGCCCCAAGCAAAUAAAACAAAAUUCUAGGUAGAACGCCAAGAAUCGAACGGUGAAUAUUUCCUGUGGCGAGCUGCGCCUUGCCUAAGUCAGGACAUUGUUUUUGAAACCGGCUGCCAAUUCGACGUGUUCGAAGGAGCUCUCAAAGUUGAAGAUUUUGUGCGAAAAGCAAUCGCUCGUGUCAGCAGACAUUAA